AUGAUUCUUGAUCCACAAAAUCAUUCGAUCAUCAUUGCUGAUCAUUGGAACAGACGAGUGAUUCAAUGGAUGAAUCAAAAGCAACAGAUUCUUAUUGAAAAUAUUGACUGUCGUGGCUUGGCAAUGGAUAAAUAUGGAUUUUUUUAUGUUUCUGAUUAUAUGAAGAAUGAAGUGAGACGAUGGAAAAUGGGUGAAUACAACAACGAAGGAAUUGUAGUGGUAGGUGGAAAUGGACAAGGAAAUGCACUCAAUCAAUUGAAUUCUCCUACUUUUAUCUUUGUUGAUGAAGAUCAAUCUGUUUAUGUAUCAGAUAGCGACAAUAAACGUGUGAUGAAAUGGAGAAAAGAUCCAAAAGAAGGAAUAGUCGUGGCUGGAGGAAAUGGUGAAGGAGAAGAUCUCAAUCAACUAUCUUUACCUCAAGGAGUGAUUGUUGACGAUUUGAGUCAAAUCUACGUGGCAGAUUAUCAGAAUAAUCGAGUAAUGCGUUGGUGUGAAGAAAAAGGAGAAGGUGAAAUUGUUGUUGGUGGAAAUGGUCAAGGUAAUCAAUUAAAUCAAUUAUAUGGUCCCGCUGGUUUAUCAUUUGAUGAUGAAGGAAAUCUUUAUGUUGCUGAUUAUUAUAAUCACCGAAUUGAAAAAUUUGAAGUAAGUUUAUGA